UAACCAAACAUAACCUAUGAAAACUAUGAAACAGUUGGCGCCAAAAUUAUCCAAGUUGUAAACCACACUUCACGUUUUCUUGCAGUAAAUUCUACAAAAGAAACAUGUCUGGUUCCACAUACAACGAAGAAACCUUACCAGAUUUACUUCCUGUGUAUUAUAGGAGAUUAUUUCCACAAGUAGCGUUCCACAAAUGGCUGUGCUACGGGGACCCCAAAAACUUCAACAAAAGAGAAAUUUCUUUCACACUCCAUGGAGACAUCUACUUGCGUUAUCAAUCUUUUGACACAGCGGAAGAGUUUGCACAGGCCCUACAUAAACGAUUUCCCAUCAAAAUCGAUAUAGGGGCUGUCUAUAAAGACACCUUGAAAGGCAACUACUCGGCUGUGAAAACUCCAGUGGAAAGAGAAGUCGUCUUCGACAUUGAUAUGACGGACUAUGAUGACAUUCGAACUUGCUGUUCUGGGGCAGAUGUUUGUGACAAGUGCUGGAAGUUUAUGAUUAUUGCGUGUAAAAUAUUGGAUGCUGCGUUAAGGGAGGAUUUCGGUUUUGAACAUAUUUUGUGGGUGUUUUCUGGAAGGAGAGGUAUUCACUGUUGGGUUGGUGAUAAAAAGGCACGGAAGUUGGAUGAUGGGGAAAGAUCUUGCAUUGCUGAGUUUUUAAAUGUGAUACGUGGUGGAAUGCUCACUAGGAAGGUGAAAUUGGGGUUUUCCGUACAUUCUUCGCUUCAGAGAUCUUUAAAAAUUAUUGAUGAGUACUUUGAUGAUAUUUUAACUGAACAGGAUAUUUUGGGGACUAAUGAACGUUUGAAUGAGUUUUUAAAUAAUUUAGAGACGGAUUUAAGACCUUUAUUUCAUGAUGCUAUGUCUAGUGUUAGUAGUACGACAGAGCGGUGGAACGCGUUUCAGAGCACCUUUCAUAGAUUAUUUAAAGAGCAAAAAAUUUCCAAAUCUUAUAAAAACUUGAUUGAGGAAAUGAAAAUAUAUUAUUCAUAUCCACGCCUUGAUAUAAAUGUUACAAAAAGCAUGAACCAUUUAUUGAAAGCCCCGUUUUGUGUACAUCCAAAGACAGGAAAAAUUUCUGUACCAUUUAAAGUAAAAAGUGUGGAUAAAUUUAGUCCUAAGGAGGUACCCACAGUUAGUCAACUUCUUGAUGAAGUUAAUGCUUUUGAUGCCAAAAAUAAAGGACAAAAAACCACUGAGUCUGCUGAGGUGCAGGCAACAAAUUUUAAAAUGAAGGAUUUCAAGAAGACAAGUUUGUUCGGAUAUGUGGCUAUAUUUAAUGAGUUUCUUAGAGCGUUGCAAGCAGCUGCUUUACGUGACAGGAGUCUACAGUUUGGAACAGCUAUGGAGUGCUAAGUUGUGUUGUUGAUUUUUGAUGCAUUUUUUUUAAUUUUUCAAUAAAGGCAUGUUUGGUCCA